GAGUCUCAAAGCAAAAAUGAGCAAUAUUGAGGAGGAAAUUGAGACAGCAACCGAGGCAGCCGAGGAAAUCGAACUUAUAAAUAUCCCAGACAGCUCCGAGGAAAGCAACAGCAACAAGAAUCUGGAGGAUGACUUCGAGAUGACAUCAAGCGAUGAAGAGCUGGAGACCAGCUUGUUGCAGCUUGUGCGCAAUAAGAAUCAAAAUAUGGAGGACAUUUGCAGCGAGUGGAUUCAGCUCUACGUAACCAAGCCGGAAGCGGCGCUCAUUAAGUUCAUGCAGUUCGUCUUAGAGGCCAGCGGCAGCGGCUAUCAAAUACCCGAGGAUUCAAAUCUUCCAUUGAAGAAUGCCAAAAUUCUAAACGCGGCCAAUGGCCAAUUCGAAAACAAGAGCCCUCGUUAUCCGCUGAGGAUGCGUGCGUCGCCCGCCCUAACCAUGGACGUGACCCACUUUGUACAGCAGCUGCUGCACGCUGUGAUAAGCACGGCCAUCAUAUUGGAUAAUUGCUUUCUGAGGCACAUUUCUGGCUUUUUGGUGGUCGCAUCAGAUUCGGACGUGCUACCCUUGCGGCAUACCAGCACCUUGAUUGCACUCAAGAUGAUGACAACGCUGAGCGAUCUGAUGACGCUGCAGCAGGACAAGCUACGCACUCUGUGGAUGCAGAUGUUCGACGAGGUGUUCCUCAAGCGGAGGCGGGAUGAGGUCGAGGACAUACGUCUUUUGUGCAUUACCGAGUGUGGCCUUUGGCUGCACAAGUUUCCGCAGUGCUACAUCAAUCCGAUGCAAGCUCAGCAUCUGUUCGAGGCGCUGCAGGAUAGCUCCCGGAAGGUGUGCGAGUCCAGCCUGCGGGCGCUCAUCAAUCUGCAGAAGAAGCCAAAGCUGCGGCUCAAUUGCCUCCAGCUGGGCUACAAAUUCCGAACGACGCUCCUGAACCUGAGCAUGCGGUCCGAGUCCGAACUGUCCGAGAUGGCCAUACAGCUGCUGGUACGCUACCACAGGGCGAUGCCGCAGCUGCUCGAUGUGCAGAUGAUUGAGAUCAUUGAGCAGUUGGUGUUUGCCACCAAACGGGGCGUAGCCCAGGCAUCGGCGGAGCUGCUGCACCAUCGCUUUCAGCAGGCGGCCACAGAGCGUGAACGUGUCCAGGCUCUGGUGCAGUUCUUUAUGAAGUUCGAGGGACAGGAGCACGCCGCCUAUCUGGUCGACUCGUUCUAUGGCCGCAGCCAAAUCGUACUCGAUUGGAGCACCAUGGUGGAUAUGCUGCUGAAGCCGGAAAACCUGACCAGCCAGCAAACCUCUGUGAUUAUUGAGAUCCUGACAAUCGGCGUCAAGCAGGCGGUAACCGGCGAAAUGCCGCCCGGUCGCUCGACCAACACCCUGCUGCGCCAGCCCAUGCCAGAUGCCAAUAAGCAGGCCUCCGAGAUUAUAUUGCCCGCGCUGGCCACACUGCUGCGGCAGUAUCGCAUCGAUUAUGUUGAUAUCAAGAAUCUGCUCGAGUUGCCACCGCACAUGACCUGCUCGCAGGCACAGGCCCAGGAGCUGAUCGAGCUGAUCAAAUCGCUCAUGUUCAAGCACAGCAAUUUUGCGGUGCUGCAGAAGAGCGCCACGGCACUGGAGCAGCUGUUCAGGCAGUGCUCAGCUCUGAUACCCAACUAUCGCAAGGAUCUGCUGGAGAAGGCGGUGGUCAACUACAUGAAGGCAGAGAGUGCCUGGCAGCAGGCAAUUAUCAGUUCACAGCAUGCCCGCUUCAAAGUGUGCAACAAGCGUCUACUUGUCGCACUGCGUCUCAUCUCGGCACUCUACGAACGAUUCGACCUGCACGAGUAUCAGCUAACGGACACCGUGCUGGCCAGCCUGAAGCGCGCCAUUCGGGAUGAGAACAAAGCACCGGAGGUUUCACUGCCCGAUGAGGCUGUGCGACUCUGCUUGGAGAUAUACUAUGUGGCCAUCUGUUGGGAUCUAAAGCGCGUCCAGGAGGCGGUCAGCGCUGGCAAGUAUGUGGACGAGGACUGCCUUAUGCUGGGCGAUCACCUGGAGGAGUUUUUCCUAGCCGCCUUUCAUAUUAUUGAAUACUCCAGCGACACGAGCAUCAGCUGCGAGGCCUUCGUCUCCACCUGUGAUCUUUUGGUUCUGUUCGCGGAUACACUGCGUCGCAGCGGCAACAAUGCGCUUCGUUCGUUGGAGUACAAGUCGUCGACAUGCGAGCUGCAAACGCUGGAGAAAUUUGUGCUCCGGUAUGUGUUCAACGGAGAUGGAAGUGUCGCCAAGACCAGCGAUGGACAAAUGCUAGCCACACUCCAGAGCAAGCGUCGCGUCCUGGCCGGCUUCUGUAAACUGGCCUUUAACAAUAUCAUACCCGUGCUGCGUGCCUCCGCUGUGUUCCAGUACUACGAGCAGUUUCAUGCAUCCUUCGGUGAUAUUCUGCAUGCCACCCUGGAGCGAUGCAUGUCCAUCAAUAUGAUCAACUUCGGCAUGGCCCUGAUGCACACAUGUUUGAUGGUGUACAAGCGCAUUCGAGCAGACCAUGCAAGCCCUGCCCAGGCGGCUGACUCGGCCCAGUUCACCAAGCUGAUCAAUAUGGCCAGGCUUUUCGGGGAUCUUUUGAGCCAGAACCUUAUCAAGUCUCGUCCGGCUGUGCUCAUUUUGCAUCGCGCUGGCAUACGUUACGCCACGGAAUGGUCGACAGAUCCAACUGAGGUGCCUGGGAAUCUGCUCUAUUUAAAGGUGCUCAGGCAGUUUGUGCCGCAGCUGCUUGCCGAGGAUAUGUUGGAUGUGCUCAAUUAUCUCGAUGGCACCAGCAGUAGGGAGCGACGCACUAGCUGCGCCACUGGAUGGGAACCACUGCUUGCCUAUCGCAAUAGCCUGGAGAGUGCACUAAAUCAAAGCUGUCGCCGCGAGCUGGAUAUGUAGUGUCCAACCUUUGGAAUCCCUUUUGUAACCUACUCGUCAACACAAUUGGAAGUUGCACCGAAAAACAACGACACGAAAUUCAGCACUCAAAAGUAAUAAAAUCCAGUAUUUAAACUGAAACACAAA